GCCAAUGCAGCCCACAUGCCAACGGCCCCUCUUAUCUGCAGGCCUUCCACAAAUCCUAGACUCCUAGAGCUACCGACCGACCAGCCAUUGGUGCUCGCGUCGCAACUGAGCAUCUCCAAUGGCUGCGGCGUCGGCGAGGGCCCUCGCGAGCAAGCUCCUGCGGCAGCAGGGGAACACGAGCGCCCACCGGCUCCCCGGCAUGGGCGUCGGCGCGUUGGCCGGCUUCUUCAGCGCGGCAGCCGUCGCGUCGGCGUCCGACGGGGGUAACAACGCCUGCCCGGCCUACCCGUGGCCGCAGGACGGGGCGCGGGGCGGGCACAAGGUGUUCAUGCAGCACGACUGCGCCGCGUGCCACUCCAUGCUCCCGUACGCUGGUCUCGCCGAGCCCGCGGCGGGACGCGGCGAGAUGGAGGCCAAGGUGGCCGAGAUCGUGGUCGUCCACGAGGCGGUGCGCUCGGACUCGGAGCCGGCGGCAGCGGCGACGACGCUCCACGGCGGCGCCUGCCCGCCGGACCUCUCCGUCAUCACGAAAAUGCUGGAAGGGCCGCGCUACAACAGCCUGUUCAACGCCGCAGAGCUGAAGAAGAGGAUGGCGCUGCCGCUGCCUAACCCAGUCUGGCUGCAGUUCCUUCAGCCGUACCGUACAUGAGGAAUCCCAGUCAGCCUGAAUGCCACAUUCUAGCGACGUGCUCUACUGCAGUGUGCUUGUAAUACUGGGAAGUGUCAUGUGUAAAAAUAACAUUGGGACCGUGUUGGAUCCUAUCUUAAUACUGAAAGAAACAAAAAACUA